AUGAUUUAUGAAGUGGAUACAUUUUCGAAAUCUGAUAUUUUCUUCCAUCUUGUUGACAAAUAUGUAUAUCCCGGCAAAAAAAGUCCGGGGCAAUUGAGAAGAGGAAGAGAGGCGUUGAAGGCGAUUUGCGAUAAUUUGGAGAAUUAUUCGGAUUUUGAUGAGCGAGAAAGUCCCGAUGUAAGGUUUCUAUGAAUUUGAAAUCUUUUAAUCAAAUAAAUGAAAUGAUUUUUCAGGAAAUCUCAAUCUCCCCUUUCGACUUCUGCAUCCUUAAGUCGCUCUCAAAAAGCUCCCUAGGAGCAUCUGUUAACCCCAAAUCCCUCAAAACGUCCCUCAAUUCGAACUCAUUUGAUUAG